CCCAAGCGUCUUUCUACUUUCUUCCACGUAAUAAUUUGUUUUGAUUUAUGAAUAAUGAUAGUAUUCAGUAUGAUACUGUUGUUUUUUUUUUAUACGAAAUUUUUACUUUGUGGUUUGGAUGUGUGGUUUUUCAGUUUUCAACAAUUUAUUUUAUUAAAUUAAAUUUGUAUAUUUAUCACCGUGAAUAAUAUAUCUAGUUAUAUUUUUUUGAGUUUUCUUUAAAAGAUAUAAAUAAAAUUGUUCAAGCUUUGAUGACCAGUAUAGUACUGUGACGUGACAUAGUCUGUUGUGUUUUAUAUUAUUAUUUCACAAGUAAGUUUGCGGUUAUCGCCAUAGAAUGUGUAUUAUAUUAUUUUAUUUAAAUGAGAAUAUUUCGACUAUUCAUCAUUACCUGUGACAAUAAUCUUAUUCUUGUUUUAUUCCGUGGUAUAUGACAGCGAUCUACAUGGCGUUUCAUAGAAAGUCCGCAGAUAUUCCUUGUUAGCGGACUUGGAGAUAAAAAUUUAAAAUACUAAACUAUUCGGAACUUUCCUUCACAUCGUGAUAUGUCCAAUUGAAUAUUUUCAAGUGCAACCUAAAUCGUAGCUUGUAGAAAUUGAAUGCGUUCGCCACACACCCGGUGGAGCUUUAAAGUUAACUUUGACUAUUUUAGUAUUUCAUUUACCUUCCCGAAUUUUCGUUUUAUCCUCAAUAAUUAUAGAAAAUCCAGUUUUAAAUUAAUUUAUAGUAAAAUAACAAUUCAAUCAUCUUCCUGACAUCACUACAUUUGAGUAUAUUCAGAAAUCGUUAAAGGCCUAUUGAAAAAAUAUUUAUAUGUUUUACUAAAAAGCAAUAGAAAUGACAACACCCUAAACAGAUAAUCACUAUUUAUGUAUUAGUAACCUCCCAGGUUUCGAAUUGCUGAGCUAGGCAACAAGAUUAAUCAAUUGCACUGUCAUAUUGUAAAAUAGGAUCUCAUUAUACCAUCUCAUUUAGAGUUGAUAAUUUACCUUAUUUCUUAAAAGUCACAGGGUAAUUGUGUAUUGGGAAACAAGCUGUAGUGUUGUACUGUAUUCAUAUAACUGAAAUGUGUAUCUUUUUAGUUAAUUUUACCUAUGUUAAGUGGGAAAUUAAAUUUUAAAAAUUACCUAAAAUGCUACCUAAUUCAUUUUUGUUAGGUGUGUGUACCUAUUUAAGUGUUUUAUUUUAUUUUAAUGGUUUAGUUGUGCGUCAGAGUGAAUGAUUGGAUUGCCUAAACAUUUUAAAUCAAAACAAAUCACUGUAAAAAUUGAUAAUAUGAAACGCAGAAGUUAUGGUGACUCUCCUCCUUUGAUGCGUAAAAAGCGGCAUAGCAGUAUUAACAGGUACGAUGGUAGUUCAGAUGAAAGGCAAUCACCUGAACGUAUGCGUCGUAGAGCAAGAUCACCGCCCAGCCCAAGAUCUUCAAGAUAUUCAGAACGUGAUGAAUUUGGCCGUUCAAGGGAUUUGGAUCGGUCUUCUCAUCCAACAUAUAAAGUAUUAUGUGUCAGUGCUUUACAUCCUAAAGCUAGUGACGAACAAGUCAAAGAAGCAUUAUAUCGAGAAUAUAGAAAAUUUGGUGAAUUUUCUGUGAAAAUAUCACAUGAACUAGAAGAAAGGAUGGCAUAUGUGUGUUUUAGAAGCUCAGAAGAUGCUAGGGAUGCCAAACACAGUAAGCCUAGAAUAAGUUUAUUCGAUAAGAUAGCUUUAGUUGCACCUGUUUAUGAAAGUCGUAGUACUAGAGAACAUUAUGAAUCAAGAGCUAGACAUUCUCGAUCCCGAAGUAUUUCUCCGGAUUAUGAGCGGUACUAUCAUAGGUCUCCUAUUCCUUCAGAACUCCAUAGACCACAUCCAGCUGAAAGGUUUUAUGAAAGAUUACCAUAUGGUGCCCUUCCCCACAUGCUACCUCCACGGGAUUUUAGAGAAAUAGGUUUACCACCAUUACAUCCACACGAACUUAUGAUACCUAGAGGGCCAUUGUUGCACCAUGUAGCUCCAAUUCACCCUCAUUUAGGACCAAUUCAUCCACUGUACGGACCACCAAGACAUUUUAUUCCACCAUUUAGACCACAUCCUCAUCCUCAUUUAAUACACGAUAAAAAGGACAGAUUUCCAAAUUACUUACAGCAUAUCCCACCAGAAGAUGAUCCAUUAGCUACACGUACAUUGUUUGCUGGAAAUUUAGAAAUUUCCAUUUCAGAUGAAGAACUUCGUCGUAUAUUUGGUAGAUAUGGAGUUGUUGAAGAUAUUGAUGUUAAACGACCAUUACCCGGGACAGGAAAUGCAUAUGCGUUUGUUCGUUAUCAAAAUUUAGAUAUGGCUCAUAGAGCAAAAGUUGAAUUAUCUGGCCAAUAUUUAGGCAAAUUUCAAUGUAAGAUUGGUUAUGGAAAAUCAACUCCCACCCAAAGAAUAUGGGUUGGUGGUUUAGGUCCUUGGACAUCACUAGCUCAGCUAGAACGAGAAUUUGAUAGAUUUGGCGUUAUUAAGAAAAUAGAAUAUGUGAAAGGUGACACAUGUGCUUACAUACAGUUUGAAAGCAUUGAUGCAGCAACUGCAGCUGUAAAAGAAAUGAGAGGUGUUGCUUUAGGCGGACAAGAACAUAAAUUAAGAACAGACUUUGCUGAUGGAGGAGUUUGUGGUAGUCCUUCAUUAACUUAUUCAUCAAAAUCUAAAUCAUCUCAUAAUGAUGCUGCAUCUACUGCUGGAGACUUCAGAGAAUUAACUAGACGAAAUGAUUAUCCAUAUAGUUGGCCAAAUGGCGAGUACUCUUACAAUUCCAAGAGUCAUCGUAAAGGUCGUUCAGAGUUUGGAGAAGAAAGCAGAGAGUUUAGUAACUGUGAUAAUGAUCGUUCAUUUAAGCAUCAUUCUGUUUCUGAUAUUGGUUCACCUCGAUCACCUGAGCGAUCACCACUCCAUCAAUCCAUUAAUAGUGAUGUAGAAUCUGAAGAUGGAGCUAUACAGUCUGCAAGGCCUAUGGAUUCUGUUCGUACAUUAAGUGAUUUGGCCCUUAAAUGUACUGAUGUAUGGCAAGGAAGUCUUGUAUUAAAAAGCUCUCAGUUUCCCACUAAAUGUUAUUUAACUUCAGGUGAUCCAAAUGUCAUAGAAUCUAUGAUGAAAGAUGAAGAUGGUAAAUCUACUUUACGUAUUACUCAGAGAUUGCGAUUGGAUGAACCAAAAUUGGAAGAUGUUUCUAAGCGUAUAAAAACCGCUGAUAUGCAUGCCAUAUUUUUGGCAUUGCCUUGUCCUACUAGUUCAGUUGGCAAUGAUGAUCCUUUAGUAUUAAUUCGAACGUUACGUAAUUUGGUUUCAUAUUUAAAACAAAAAGAAGCAGCUGGAGUUAUAUCAUUAGUAGGUAAAGAGCCUGAACCAACCGGCGUGUUAUAUGCAUUUCCUCCUUGUGAAUAUUCUGCAAAUUUGUUGAAAAAGAAUGCUAAAAACUUGAGCCAUGAAUCAUUAAAGGAUGAUCAUUUAGUUGUAGUAGUAGUUAGUGGAGGUGUUUCCUAGUGAAAUCUUUAGUUUGAAAUUAAAUUUUAAGUUAUGUCCAUAGGUAAUAUUUAAUAAUGACAUUAAAUAUUUUUAAAAUUAUUUAUAGAUAAGGCAAUUUUAUAAUACAUUUUAUGUUAACUACAUAUUAUUAAGUUUAAUUUAAUUUAAUCUAAUUGUAUACAAUUAUUAAACUUUUAUAUUUUUAAUUUGAAAAAAUAAUUUCGUAACCUACAAGUUAUUGAGGUUUUAUUUUAAAUUGUGUACAAGUUUUUAUGAUGUGUUUAAAUUUGAAUUGUCGUUAAUUUGUUUAAUGUUUCAAGUUUACACUCAUAUUUGAAUUACUUAUAAAAAUAUAGAGUGCCUAAUAUAAAUUAUACAGAUAUUGUGUUAAAAUAUCUGACAGGUAAAAUACUAUUAUAAGUUUAUUGAAGUGAUUAAAUAUUUUGCAUGAUAAAUGCAUUAAUAUUAAUAACAUACUUUAUGGAUAAGUGAUGAUGUUUACACGUUAUAUAAACCUUUUAUCAAGUUGCUUCUUGUAAUAUUUUUAAAGUAAAGUGUAAAUUAUCAAGCAAUCCAGUUAUUUGGAUUGUUCAGUAAUAUUAUUUUGAAGUGUUAUCUAUAAUAAAUUAAGAUGGAAAAAUAUUAAUAAUUCUUUUUGUGCGUUAUGGUAGUUUAAUUAGUAAAGUGUACUUCGCGAUUUAAAUAUUAUAAUUUUGCUAAACUUUAUUCAUUACUUAUAAAUUAUGUACAAUAUAAUAAUACUAUUUUUUGCUAAGUUAAAUUAAUUAUAUAAUUAUUUUAAAAUAAAAUAUUAGUGUUUUCGUUUUAUUAAUGGUAUUUCAACAUUAAAUUAAAUUAAAUGUUGUUUGUUAAUUUAUUUGUGACAGAUAUUUGUUUUUGGUGUUGUGAAGUGAUAAACCCAGUUUGGUGUUAAAAAAAAAACUAAGUCUUGGUUGCUUUAAAUAAUAAGUAUAAAUUGAUGUUCCUUGAAAUUAUCCCAAGUUGACUCAAAUAAAGCUAAUAUCACAACCUACUAAGCAAUGAAAUUUUAAAAACGUAGUCACCCUCACCACUGGGCGGGUUCUUCAAUUAUACAUAUAAAAACUAAAUUAUAUUUUCCAUAUGCUUAUUUUGCCCUAAAUGGCAAAAUGACACAAAUUUCAGACUAUUAAGCAUUCAGCCAUUUAAUAUUUUUUAUUUGAAAGUAUAAAUUAAAUAAAAAAAUAUUUUACCAUCUUUUACUUCGAACUUUUUUAAUAAUAAUUGACCUUUGGAUUUUUUUGAUUUUUAUUAUUUUGUUUUAUAAGAAAUGCAAAGAUGAAGAAUGAUAAUAUAUCAUUUAAUUGUACACAUUUCAUACAUAGAAGCAUAUAACUACAUUCAAUUAUAUUAACCUUACAGCUCACACCACCAUAAUUGUUAGAUACAUAUACAAUAUAAUUAUCAUACUAAGUCAAAUAUUACUUAAUUUUCUAAUUUGGUUUGAGAAAUGAGUAAAAUCAAGAAUUGACAAGACAUUAAGGAAAUUACUAGAAUAACUGGUAUAAACUGGAAAAAAAAAAACUGGUGUCUCUGUUGCCCAUAUUAUAUUUUACAUACAUUAUAUUGAAAACAAAAUUUAACCAUAGUUUAUAAUUUAUACAAAUAUUUAUUCGGUAUCAUUUUUAAAUAAAAAAAAUUUGGUUAGACAGUCUGAUAUAACUGUAAAAAUAAUAAUAAAUAUCAAUUUAUGAAAUGAAUACUUAGUAAUUUUUCUAUUAUCUAUAAAUAAAAUUUAACAUUGAAUUUUCUCGAGAUAUCUUCAGUACCCCUUCGUUAAGAAAUAACAAAAUAUAUUUUUCAGUUUUUAAAUAAUUAUAAAAAUUAAAAAUAAACUACCAGUGUGAAACAAACAACUAAAAGAACUUACGACUGAUCACAGAAAUUUAAAUAAAUUUAUAGUGGUGUAACCUAUGAAAUAUUUGGAAACUCUCAACAUAAAAUGUAUAAAAUACAAAUCUAUAAUUAUCUUUUAAUUAAAACUAUAAAAAAUAUAUUAAUGACUUGUGAUACAAUAUAAAAUAAACAAUCAUAUGAACAUAAUAUAACAUACUAAAUAAUUGAUAGUUGUAAAAUAGGUAUUAACAAUUGUCCUGCAUCUUGAAUGUAUGAACUACUGUUGGAAGACUGAAAUAAACAAUGAGCAUUGAUAAUAACUGGUCUAGACAAAUAAAUUUGUAAUUUUUUAUAAUUACCUCGAGAUAAAUGUCACUAAUAUUAUUUGAAGUUCCAUCUGCAUCAAAUUUUGUUGAUAAACAUGCAUACUUAUUAGCAAUGAAACGUAUUCGACAACAAAUAGCUUCAUUAAGGCUAAGAAAAGAAAUCAAUUAAUCAUUGGUUUGUACACAAAAAAGAUGAUUGCAAUUCUUACAGUGAGAGAUUUUCAGCUUUUAUGAUUAUUUGCUGACAUUGCGUAUCAAUCAUUAACAUUUCCCCUAGUUUAUAGAACAAUUCCAUGGCAGCUGCGGUUAGUUCAGCUAAUGCUGAAAUAGCCUCAUCAUGAAUACUAUCUUCAUUAUUAAACUGUGCAUUCAAUUUUUCAUCAAUAAAAUUACUUACCUAACAGUAAAAUC